ACAUACACACAGUACGAGAGAGGGCGGGCUCAGUGAAUUGGGAUUUCAGCCUCCCUCCUCAGUUGACUGUCUGAAAGAGAGAGAGAGAGAGGGAUCAGAGAGGGACUAUAAGAGGAGAGAAAGAGAAGGGGAGCACUGAAACGUGAAGUCAGAGGACAAAUCAAGACAUAACCAAGACGUACGCGAGACACGGAGGGAGCAGAGGAGUGAGGAGCUGAAUCAUUAAGAGGAGAGAGAGACACUGCAGCCUCAUUCAGACUGAUGAGAAGAAGAGUUCAGUCAGUCGGUCAGUCAGUAGUAGAGAACUUGGAGCUGCUGCAGUGAAAGCAAGUGGACUAAAUUUCCCUGGGUCACCAGAAGGGACCACAGUAAACUCUCUUUCUCUCUCUGGCUCACACACACACAAACACACACACACAUUGAGUUUUGGGUGUCCACUUACCUUCCUCACUUGAUCAGCGUGUGCAGGUGUGUGCACACGUGUGUUUGUUGGGGAGGGGACAUCCUUGGCUGGCUGAAGAAGGACGCUCUUGGAAGUGUGUGAGCUUCUUUCCUUGUCUCUCGGUGAGAGUGUGCGUGUGUGUUCCACUUUUUGAUCCGUCGCUCUUGGAGUGAGUCUGAGCUCCAUGGCAACAAUGUGGCGACUGCUUGCCCUGACCACGCUAGCCCUGCUGACAUCAAGCGCGACACAUGCCUGGAGAGCAGCGCAGCCUCGGCUCCAGUUUACUCACGCUGAGCUGGUGCGUACGGGCCGUCUGCUGUCUCUGCCAUUGGCUGCGGGGGACCUGCACGCCCUUCUGCCGGACGAAGAUGGCCGACGCCUCUACGUGGCCAUGAAGGACAACCUGGUGUCUGCUAACCUGGACGACAUAACGCAAAACCCCCGCAAGCUGUACUGGCCAGCCAGUCCGGAUCGGAUCCAAGAGUGUCUGAUGGCAGGAAAGGACCUGGAGCUGGAGUGUGGCAACUUCCUGCGAGUGCUGCAGCCGUACAACGCCACCCAUCUGUACGUGUGCGGCACCGGCGCCUUCAACCCGCGCUGCACCUUCCUCCCUACCAGCGUCUUCCUCAAGGCUGAGCAGCAGACUUUACUAAUGGAGCAGACAGAGAGUGGCAGAGGCAAAUGUCCAUAUGACCCCAACCAGAGAACUGCCACCUCCAUGAUCGAUGGUCAGCUGUAUGCUGGCAUAUCAUCUGACUUCAUGAGCCGAGACUCAGCGUUUUUCCGGAGCCUUGGUGAAGGUCAUGUGGUUCGGACAGAGCAGUAUGAUCCAACAUGGCUACAAGAUGCUCAGUUUGUGCAUGUGUCCCUGAUGUCUGAGAGUGAUAACCCAGAGGACGAUAAGGUUUACGUGUUCUUCACUGAGCGCGCCCAGGAGGCAGACAGUGCUGCUGGCAAAGUGCUCUACUCCAGAGUGGCCCGAGUCUGCAAGAAUGAUAUUGGAGGUCAGCGGAGCCUGGUGAACAAGUGGAGCACCUUCCAGAAGGCUCGCAUGGUCUGCUCCAUCCCCGGGCCUGAUGGCAUCCAGACCCACUUUGACCAGCUCCAGGACAUCUUCAUCCAGCACGGCAGGGACAAGAAAAACCCUCUCAUCUAUGGGCUCUUCACGACCACCAGUGAUGUAUUGAAUGGCUCAGCAGUGUGCGUGUACCGCAUGCAGGAUGUGGCCCGAGCCUUCAAAGGCAACUUUUAUCACAGGGAGGGACCGCAGUACAAAUGGGCCGAGUUCACAGGCCGGGUGCCCUUUCCAAGACCAGGAACUUGUCCAAGCAGCACCUAUGGGAGUUACAGGUCCACUCGCGAGUACCCUGAUGACGUCAUCUUCUUCAGUCGCACCCACCCUCUGAUGCAGGAGGCGGUGCUUCCACUGGGUGGGCGGCCCUUAGUCAUACGAGUGGGAGUGACUUAUAAGUUCACCCGACUGCUGGUGGACAGGGUGGAGGCUGUGGACGGACAGUAUGAUGUCCUCUUCAUCGGCACAGACUCGGGGCUGGUGCUGAAGUCCAUCCCUCUGCCUAGAGAGCAUGGUCAGGACAUCACUCUGGAACAGAUGCAGGUCUUUAAGCACAAAUCGCCUGUGACUGCCAUGACAUUGUCUAAGAACAAGCAGUGGCUGUUUGUAGGUGCGGCGGAGGGUGUGGCACAGCUGGGGCUGUUCCAGUGUGAGCUGUACGGUCAGGCAUGUCCAGAGUGCUGCCUGGCUAGAGACCCCUACUGCACCUGGGACGGCCACGCAUGCAGCCCUUACAUGCCCAUCGCACGCAGGAGAAAUACCCGGCAGGUGGGAGACGCAGGGGAUCCUCUCAAUCAGUGUGUCAGGCAAGGAGCUGGGCUGCAGGUAGAAACAGAGAGGAGGUCUAUAGUGGUUGCCGUAGGAAACAGCACUUACUUGGAGUGUCUCCCAAAGUCCCAUCAUGCCUCUGUGACCUGGUUGAAGGAAACGGGAGAGAACAGCGCUGAACUCCAUCAGGUGACAUCCGGGGAGAAGCUGGUGGUGAUUGACAGGGGGAUCCUCAUUCCGAGGGCGGAGCUUGUCCAUGGGGGCGUGUACCACUGCCAGCUGGAGGAGCAUGGCUUCCACUGGACAGCGGUCACCAUUCACUUAAACGUGAUUGGUCCCGCCCUGGUGUCCAUCCCCGCCCCAGGCUCCACCCAGUCCUGGUUCCAGGAUGUGAUGUCGCUGAUUCACCCGAGCGACCUGAAGCAGCGAUGCAGGGAGCUCAACCAGCGGCACCAUGGCAACCGGGAGCGGGAGCGCCACCGUGGGCGCAAGAGGGGUGACCGUCACAGGGAGGGAGGGAGAUCGGGAGGAGGAGGAGGAGAGGGGAGGGGGAGGAAGAACAGGAGCAAGGCGCCAACUUCGGCUCAGAGACAGCCCAGGAGUACAUAGCCUUCACGCUGAAGUUGGUUUCUCUCUAACACACGUACACACACACACACACAUACACAUUGACAUAUAAACACAUACUGACACACACACACACACACACACACACACACACACACAUACAUACACACACAGACAUUUAAACACACACACUGACAGAUACGCACAAUCACACAUAGACACACACACACUGACAUAUAAAUGCACACUACACAAAUAUACAGAGGCAUACAUCCAAAUACAGAUAUGUAAGCAAACAUCAGUAUUCAACAUGCCCUCAUACACACAACCAGGAAUACACACACCUUGCACAUGAUCAACACCGACCACACAAGCACACAUAUUUAAGCUGAUGGACUGGAGUUGUGUUCAACGAAGGAUCGCCUUGUGGCGCCCGGUUGCUAAGCAGCGGAUUUUGAAGGACUGUAGGUGAAGGCUAAAGGACGUGGUCAGCAUGAGCGGGCCAUAGAGACUGAAAAAAAAAAACCAAAUCACACUCAAAGAGAGACCAUAUCCGUCCCAUCUGAGAGCCCAGAACGACAGAGAAACCAUGAAGAUUGUACUCAAGAGAAGUCUGGGGCGCGUCCAGGGCUGACCCUAAAGAGACUGGGGGUGUAAAGUAAAAGCACAAUAUCUUCUCUUCUCUGACAUGUUACACACACACACAAAUGUAUUAUGCUGAAAUGUACGUACUUUUCUUAUUUAACUGUUAUUUUUUUGUAUUUAUUUCUCUUUUUCAUUCAUAUCAUCUGUGAUUAUUCAUGACUCAAAAAAGAAAACAAAAAGGCUUGUUGUUAGUGGAAACGUGGGAAUGUCAGAUGUUAGAACUUGUUACACUUAUGACAAUAUUACACUUAUUGUUGAAUGUGAUGGCAGAGUGGCGAGAGUGUUCAGUUUUAUAUAAGCUUCAAAGAUGAUUGGAUGACAUGUUUUGCAAAUGAUGAACAAAAAGAAUCAGUCCAGUCCAGGGAUGUCUUUGUGACUCAUAAGUAGCCUACAGCAUCACAGGCUCAAAGAUAAUCCCUGAUGUUCGGCUGGUCACAGUGAAUGUGGGUGGGUUUAGUGCUACCUGGUUUCGCAAGAUCAUUGGCGCUGGCCUCCUUUCAUGUCUGCCGAACAAUUCAGUAUUGUAUUGUAAGCGCAUAUUGAAGCACCUUUUUUUGAUAAAAAGAGAGAAAAAAAAAAGAAAACGAGAUUUAGGGUGUGUGUGUCUGUGUGUGUGUGUGUGUGCGCGCGCCUUUCCUUGGGCUGAAUGAUGUGACUCCGACCACCCAAUAAUCUCUCCUUUGACACAGGAUGGAGUGUUUUAUCUCUAGAUUAUCCCACAUAUGUGUGCAUGUCAUCCUCUUACUGAUGUAAUUCUCUUCAAGAUGGCUGUCUCCUGUCCACUCCCCUCCCCACUCAAUCACUCUGCCAUACACUUUUAACAUCUUUUAUUUGCUGCAGUGACUCUGUGAACGAAAUAAAGUGUUUUCAAUUAUU